CUAUAAACAACUUCCGUGACCUGAGAUUUGCAAGGGGGAGACACUAUACUAUUAACCUCGUUCUUUGUCCCAUUGUUUUUCUUCGUUUUUCCCCUUGCAUUUUGGUGGAAUUCAAGUAUUAGGUUUGCGGGUUUGAUCGGAUUCCACUGAUCGAGAGUCUUGAUCGGUUCUCGAUCGGCUCAAAGCUUGGAACUUUUCGAUCUGGGUUUCGUUGAAUUUAUCGGGUUUUUUCAUCGUAUGAGUUUGGCUCUUUGAAGAUGGAUCUAUCUUCUCAACGACGGUCCCCGAACGGGCCGACAGGUUUUCGUCUUCAAGCUCCAUUGGUAGAUUCUGUAUCUUGCUAUUGCAAAGUAGAUGCAGGUCUGAAGACUGUGGUAGAGGCGAGGAAGUUUGUUCCUGGAUCAAAGCUUUGUAUCCAACCAGACAUCAAUCCUAACGCACACAGGCGUAAGAACUCGAGGAGGGAAAGGACAAGAGUACAGCCGCCGCUCCUCCCCGGCCUUCCCGAUGAUCUUGCCGUCGCUUGCCUCAUCCGGGUUCCUCGGGCGGAGCAUAGAAAACUCCGGCUGGUGUGUAAGAGAUGGUAUCGUCUUGUUUCGGGAAACUUCUUUUACUCUCAGAGGAAACUCCUCGGGAUGGCGGAAGAGUGGGUUUACGUCUUGAAAAGAGAUCGUGAUGGGAAGAUCUCGUGGAAUGCGUUUGAUACGGUUCACCAGCUCUGGCAGCCACUUCCGCCUGUUCCCAGGGAAUAUUCUGAGGCUGUCGGGUUUGGUUGUGCUGUUCUAAGCGGUUGUCAUCUGUAUUUGUUCGGUGGGAAGGAUCCUUUGAGAGGGUCUAUGAGAAGGGUCGUUUUCUACAAUGCCCGGACGAACAAAUGGCACAGGGCACCUGAUAUGCUCAGGAAACGCCAUUUCUUCGGUUCUUGUGUCAUAAACAACUGCUUAUAUGUAGCGGGUGGGGAAUGUGAAGGAAUUCAACGGACUCUUCGCUCGGCUGAGGUUUAUGAUCCGAACAAGACCAGAUGGAGUUUCGUUUCUGAUAUGAGCACGGCAAUGGUGCCCCUUAUUGGCGUGGUUUAUGACGGGAAGUGGUUUCUCAAGGGCCUCGGGUCUCAUCAAGAAGUCAUGAGUGAAGCAUAUGACCCGGAAACUAAUUCUUGGAGCCCUAUGAGUGACGGGAUGGUGGCUGGUUGGCGAAACCCUUGUACCUCUCUAGAUGGACGCCUUUACGCAUUGGACUGUAGGGACGGGUGCAAGCUUAGAAUAUACGAUGAAUCCACAGAUUCAUGGAACAAAUUCGUGGACAGUAAGCUCCAUUUGGGAAGCUCCAGAUCGGUUGAGGCUGCAGCUCUGGUUCCACUUGGUGGUAAGCUUUGUAUAAUCAGGAACAACAUGAGCAUGAGCCUGGUCGAUGUGUCAGGUCCCGACAAGAACAACAACAGUCCUCACGUGUGGGAAAACAUAGUGGGGAAAGGCCAAUCCAAGGGCAUCCUCAGCAACAUAUGGUCGAGUAUAGCAGGUCGAGCAUUGAAAAGCCAUAUCGUGCAUUGCCAGGUUCUUCAAGCUUGAAAAAGAGAAACAGUCUUGAACUCGUCCAUGGAGGCCGAUUGUUCAGAGGAUUCAAUUCAAAAGAUUUGGAAUGCCCUCUUGAUGCAACUUAUCCUCCUCUGCCUUGGCCUGCAACCUUGCCGGUUUUUCAUGGUGGCACCAUAAGAGAGAUGUUCUGUCUCAGCGAUAUGAAUCCAUGGGAGAAGACAGAAGCAGGACCAGAAGGUGUUUUCUCUGGUGGCAGAUGAACGGAGAGAGAGCAAGACAGGUAUAUAUAUAUAUAUACAGUACAUGGCCAUUAUGGUGUUUGUCUUUGCAAUUGCAAGUGUUGUCUUUGGAACAGCUGUAUGUUUGGGAUUGUUGUAUUGUCUCAGUUCUAUGUCAACAUGUUCCGCCAUUGUUAUUGUUUGAA